CCCACUGCUGGACGAAACACCGAAACCGUGAACGUCUCCCGUACUAGCGUUUAUAGCCGGAAUCCCAAGACAAAGAAGACGUAUGUUUACUGGACUUGUAGGAGAACGCGUAUCCCUGGCAACUUAGCGACACCUGGCUCUUUUAUCGGGUGCAUACAUAACGGAAAGGGAGCCGUUUCCUCAACAGCUGGCUUGGAUAUUGCCGACAGGAUUCAACCUUUUUGCGCCUGUACUUGUCCAGUCAAUCUGUUGUUUUUGAGCCAGCCGAGAUGAGCGGUCCGGAGGUGGCCAAGACCCCGGGGGGUGGAGCCCCAGGCAAGGAGGGAAAGGAGCCCAUAGCCAAUGGGCAUGCGGGAGAGGGGGGCGACAACCCCUUCGCCGAGUACAUGUGGAUGGAGAACGAGGAGGAGUACAACAGACAGGUGGAGGAGGAGCUCCUGGAGCAGGAGUUCCUGGAGCGCUGCUUCCAGGAGAUGCUGGAGGAGGAGGACCAGGACUGGUUUAUCCCGUCGCGGGACCUCAACAGCCAGGGCGUGGGGCAGCUGCAGCAGCAGCUCAACGGCAUGUCCGUCAACGAUCACCAUGGCAACCUGGAAGAAGUGGCGAGGAAGAGCGUGCUGAAUCCGGAGGCCAAGGAGUUCAUCCCGGGGAAGAAAUACUAGGGGUCCCCCUCACCCCCAUGGGGCUCGUGCACGGGGCGCGCGCACACACCUACACACCAACGCAUAUUCAGUGCACAUUCUCAGAGACUCUGGCGGCCUUGACCGCACAUACGCGCACACACCAACACACACACACACCAACCCACACACACACCAACACACACACACACCAACACACACACACACACACACACACACGAGACGAGCCAAUGGCGCGCUGGCGGGCCCAGUUGGGGGGUGAGGGGUUUAUUUUCUGUCUUUUGUUUCUUUAAUCUUUUUAUUUCUUUCCUGUUUCUUGUAAACUAGGGGACGUUGGGGCUGGGGGGGGGUGGGGGGGGGAAGCAGGUGGCUGGGUCGGGUCGGGAGGGCGGGGCUGUAAUACCGGCUGAGUCCUGGAGGGGGGGGGGGGGUUAAUGCUAUCAAUACCAGACAUUUCAGAUUAUUCGGAUUCUGUUGGCGGCGUGUUGUGCAGAACGAGGCGACCGCCCUACCUGUGUCCCGAAGGGGGCGGAGUCAACCACCUGGUUCUAGAGUGGCUCCCACGGCUAACUCCGCUACGCUAACGUGCCGCGCGAAGUCGUCCGUGAACCAGCGCUAGGGUCCCAACGAUCCACGGGGUUCGAAUCCCGUGUCUCCGAGGGCCCGGCGAGGGGCGCCGAGGCUCUGCCAGGCCCGCUGCGCUGCGCUCGUAUUAAGGUCACAAGUAAGCUCCGCGUGAAGAGGUAUGUGUAUGCAGGUCGCCGGUUGCUAACGGCGCGGGUCGUUUCCAAACCCCAAACGUCCACCUCGUGCUCCGCCCGGCUCGACUCUUUCCUUGGCGAAUCAGAAAAGACCCCGGAAGAGAUGCAAACAUGGACACAUGAUUAUUUUCCUAAUUUGUUGAGGAAAUCCAUGUUUUUAUCCGAUGUUUAGCUUCUGAAAAAGAAUAAAGACGUUGGUUUUAUAUUUAUGGCCAUUGUCGAGGGGAAGGCGGGCGGAGGUAGGGGCGAUGUUGGGGGGGGUGGGGGGGGGGGGUGAGGGCAGACUUAAGUUGAAACGGUUCCUGGAAUCUUCUAGGUCACGGUGUUUUGGUCUGAACCGGGAGAAGUGCGGUUGCACCGGCUCGGACUGUCUAGUUCGGUUGUCUUGGCGGUACCCGUCUUUUGGUUUUUGGAACACGACCACGCCGGCACUCGGCCAUCUCUGGGGUUCCUCUGUCCGGCCUCUCAAACACAAACAUCCGUAUCCAGAUCAGCUCGUCAAAUGUCCCCCCUCUUUUCUUGGGAGGGGGGAGGGGCUUUUUUCCUUUUUUUUUUGUCUUUUUUUUCUCCCCCAUUUAUUUUAAUGAAUUGAGAUUUGUGUCCCAAACGGGUUUCCGUAGCUUCUGGCGCUGCCGUUCCAUUUUGUCACCAAGCGAGGGGAAGAGGAGGAGGAGGAAACGGCAUAGUCUCGACCAAUCACACUAAAGCAAAUAUGCGGCCCUAAUAAAAUACUAUUUAUUCAUUAUUUUGAGUUUUGACCCCGAGCCAAGUUUAUGCCAGAGUUGCGAUGAGCCUCUGACGCACGAUACGGGAGAAAUCCGUUGGUUCCUUAUUUGCCAAGGCCGCAAUUCCACCUCAGAAAGGAGAUGUGGAAAUGAGAUUAAGCCACCCGAUAUAAUCUACAUCUUAUCAGAUUUUUAUCUUUUAAAUUGGCCCCCUAAAAAAAUAUAUAAUUCAUCAGACGCCACCGUGGGUCGAGACCGUGGCCCGGUUCCUCCACCUCCUGCCCCCUCCACGCUCACCCGAAAAAGUGCGGACCGAUGCGUUCCGCGUGGGUGUCCGCCAACCCCCCAGCCCCCCGCUCCUCCACCUCCACGUGUACACGGGGGGGGUCGAGGGCGGCGCUGGAGCCCAGACACGUGUGCCCGUCGUCCCCGCCGCUGACGCCAGUGCCAGGACUGCGGAACGCCAGCCCGGUCAAAGCUAAUAGGAAUGUGUGCCACGUGCAUUGUGCAACAUGAAUGCUUUCUCUUUUUGUGUAUUUUUUUUUUUUUUUUUUGUGCUUCUUUCUUUUGGGGGGAGUUCGAUGAGUAGAGGGAGGGAGGGGGGAGCAAGGUCAGUUGAAGAAAAAAAAAUAAAAAAAGAUCCAGAUGACACAAAUUGACUUUCAGUACAAAGAAAAAACCUUGAAAAAAAGAGGAAUAAAGAUGUAAAAGGCA